AGGCUGUACCAAAAAAUGUUUCACCGCAUGGAAUUUUUGUGUCACUGAAAUCACCUACGAAUUUACUCUAGAAUAGCGACACUCAAUUUCAUUUUCACCUUUCAUCCACGAGACGACGACUAGUAAACUUUUCCGUUGAAGAUAGAACUUCACUUCCUUCAUCUACAGGAGUUGUACUCUCACUUGUUUAGCAUCAGAAACCGACAGCAACCAAGAUGUCUCGCAACCACGACCGGCAGAUCACAAUUUUCUCCCCGGAGGGGAAGUUGUAUCAGAUUGAGUACGCGUUGAAAUCCAUCCAGAACCAGGGUAUUCUCGGGAUCUGCCUCCGGGGGAAGGACACGGUGUGCACGGUAGCGCAGCGGAAGGUUCCGGACAAAUUGCUCGAUCCUUCCUGCAUCACCAACAUGUACAACAUUACCCCCAACAUCGGCUGCUUGGCCAUCGGUUCCGUUCCGGACUGCAAGGUGGUUAUCACCCAGGCCCGCUAUGCAUUGCAAAUAUGUCUGGGUCUGGAAAAGGACCAAGUUUGUCAUGCACAUUUUCCAUGACCCAUGGAGUCUGUGACGCGUGCCCGAGCAUCACACAUUCUGCGUCGAGACUUUUCUGAUGCUCAUACCGCAUGAGAAAUGUCGCCUUCGCGUGGCAAAAACUGGACCUCUUUUGCUGUUCAUGCAUUACAGGUUUUAUGUAGAGUCCAAAGAUAGCAUGACAAGUUGCAUCCUCCCAGACCCAGACAUAUUUGCAUUUGAUACCCGCCAGAUCGCAGCGAAAUUUAAGGACCAGAACGGGUAUAUCCUGGGCAAAAACGUCCCCACCCCAGAGUCAAGAUGGGGAUCUCGCAACACAGGUCGAGAAGUUUUGGGAAUCACGCAUGACAAGUUCCUCUCUGUAUUGUAGUGCACUUCAGCAGGUGCAGCCGCAUCACAAAGCCAUCUGCUCAUCCGGUUUACUGCAUCACAAAGUCCAAAACGCGAUUGGAAAUGCUUCUCAUCGGGAUGCGCAUUACAGAUCUUCCUGUGAUUGCAAAGCUGCAUGACAACUAUGGGGUGGGGACGUUUUUACUCAGGAUAGGGUACGAGAUCCCGGUGCACUUUCUGGCUUCGAAGGUUGGGAAGAAAGCCCAGAUUUUCACGCAGCACGCCGGGGUGAGGCCGUUGGGAACCGUGAUUCACCUGUUGGGCGUGGAUGAUGAGAAGGGACCGCAAUUGUAUUAGAUUUUCUCUUUGAUUUUCGCAUGAUAGAGAAUCCAGCAUUGUUGACUCUAUUCCUGACUGCUCAUGCAACGCUUGCAUAACAAACAAACGUUCAUAUUGCAAGCAUAAAUCGCGUUGAAACUAUCAGGUGGAAGAUCGACCCGUCCGGGCACUACUUUGGGUGGAAGGCGUUGGCAACCGGACCGAAGGAUCAGGAGGGCAUGAUAUUACAAUGAAAAAUGCCCCCACCCCCAGCUUGGCAGCAUUUGUAUUGCAAACCUUUCCAACAGAAACAUUCCCCGUCUUGCAUAUCUCAGCAUCACAAAUUUGCCAUGCUGAAUAGGUCAAAUUUGUGUUGCGAAGUAGCCCAACAGCAGCCGGAUCUGUUAUGCGCAAGGCACCUUGCGCACCCAGAUUCUGCAUCAGAAACGCUCGCAAUCCUUUUAUGCAAGAUAAAAAACUUUCAUUUGGAAACUUUGCAUGACAAACUUCUGCAAAUUCCGGGUUGGGGGCAUUUUUCAUCGUAAUACAUGAACGCUUUGGAGAAGGUCGUGAAGAACGCAGAGUCCAGUACAAACCCGCACGAAUAUGGAAUGCAAAUAUGUCUGGUGGGUCUGGAAGAAUGUAAACUUGUCAUGCAGGUUUCCCCUGCCCAUGGGGUCUGCUAUGCAGGCCAUAGCAUGACAGACGCUGCGAGGUCUCUAUCAUGCCUGAUCUCCAUGAGAAACUCCCUCUCCUGGUGGUCAGAAAAGGGCGUCUUUUGAUGUUGAUCACGCAAGACAGAUUUUUGUGUGAUCCAGAGGACGCAUCACAAGUUCCAUCCUUCCAGACCCAGACAUAUUUGCAACGCAUAACGAAACGACUUUGACGAAGGAGCAGACGAUUAGGAAGUGCAUGGACGUUUUGUGCCAGGUCUUAGCGUAUCCUGUGCAAAGGUAUCGUACUCGUAGUAAAAAUUGCAUUUAUGCAUUACAAAUCUCUUUCUCAAGGUAAAUCAGCAUGACAAAUUUAAUUUGUAUUGCUGGGAUAAUUUGUAAUGCAAUUUUUACUAGGACGAUGCUUUUGCAGUGCAUAUCGCGCAGGAUUUGAAGGCCCAGGAUUUGGAGGUUGGGGUGGUGUCGGAAAACGACCCCUUCCGCUUGCUUAUGCAAGAAAAAAACUGUGUAAGUGGAAGUCUGUGAUGCAAAGCAUGCAACACUGUUACACUUGUCAUGCUAGCCAGCCAUUGAGUCCUAUUUCAUUUGUGUUUUCACUUACCAGCUGCGCAUGACAGGCUUUGUCUGUCAUGCAGAACAGAUUUGUCAUGCCGUUACCCCAAGACACCUACAUUGACACAGUUUUUUUCUUGGAUAUUGCUCUCCGCGGCGGAAAUUGACGACCACUUGACCGCGAUUCACGAGCAGGAUUAAGUGCGUGUGGUGUUUGUUUCAACAACCUUGCGGAUUUUCAAAACAGGGAGGAGAACGAAGAUUUUUUUAAACGGGAAGCUACUCAUGCUUAUCUGAAGCUGCACGUUAGAUUCUGAGCCGUCGGAGUUUGAUGUGUUGGUUGCUGCUUCGUGGCUAGGCGAUGAAAAGGAGGACAACUUGAAUAUUUCGAUAGUACUACCUGCGAAUUUGCGACGAGGAAGAUUUCAACAAAUUUUUACCCACCAUUUGUUACAUUCACAUUGAUUUCCGAAAAGCGCUCCCCAAUGAUCCAUGCGAGCAAGUGUCCACCAGCCGGUGCGACUGUGCAACGCACGCGCAUGCUGUUUGUCUAUAAAGAUUCCUUUUUUCGGUAAAAAAAAGAAGCGUCUGCUCGGUAUUUUUAGUGUCUGUACUUUCGAUCAUCUUGGCACUUGACGUGAAAAUCAAAUCUCGGUGUGCCGUUCCGUCCAUUGCAAGGACAGCUUGGAAGCUGACUUUUCGGUUCGUGCUUUAUGUUUUGAAUCUCUUGCAUCGGCAACCUCACCUUCCUCGGUAUAUCGUUCUCUCCUUCGCGUCGGAUGAUUUCGUUCAGGACAUUGCCCAUCAUAGGCUGCGGCGUGGUCUUCGUGCAAGAAUGCAGGUGAAUAGAGUAUGUACUGAAGUUUCAAUACUUUGACCACCACAUAUUUUUUUCACAUGCAACGAAAAAAACAGCCCCGACCAGUUAAAAUUUGUACCCCAACUAGCAUGCCAUAUCCCCCCAUGUUUUCGUAUGACUACGAGCAUGUUUUGAAUUCGAAAAAACUAUCCCCCGCUCCCCCUAAUUUACUUAAAUGUAUCGGGCAGCUUCCGCCUACUCUUUUCCGAUGCAUAUCCGCGACGAGUUACCCGUGUGUAGCGCAGGGCAUUGCCGGCGCGUAACUGCAGCAGCAGUCCUUCUCCUAUUCUGAAAAGCAAAAAGGCGUCUUAUCGUCGCGACAGCGUCCUGUCACUUAAGCGACCAUGCUUCGCCACUCGCUGCGCAAGGCGAAGGAGAAGGAGGAGAAGAGAAACAAUAACAAAGCAAAUGCUUCCGACAGUGACCAACCGAUCAAGCUCGCGAGGAAUGCUUCCGACAGUGACCAGCUCGCGAGGAACUCUAGUUUCGAAGACGAUAAUAUGCAUUGCAAAUAUGUCUGGGUCAGCGUCAGGAAGGAUCCAAACUUGUCAUGCUGUCUUUGGAUUCUAAAAAAAUGAAAAUCUGUAUUGCAGCAUGACCAGCAAGAGGAGCCCAGAUUGUGCUACGCGGAGAGGGCAUUUGUCAUGCGGAAUAGGCAUCAGGAAGUCUUCCAAAAAUCUGUGAUGCUAAGUCAUGCACUACAGGCAUCGUGGGUCAUGCAGGAUCUUGGCGCAGGAUUUGAAGGCCCAGGAUUUGGAGGUUGGCGUUACGCAUUACAAAUUUCUCUUUCAAGCUAAAUCAGCAUGACAAAUUUCAUGUGUCAUGCUGAGCCAAUUUGUAUUGCAAUACUACGAGUACGAUACUUUUGCAGUUCAUAGCACUACUUUGGGUGGAAGGCGCUGGCCACCGGACCAAAGGAUCAGGAGGGCAUGAACGCUUUGGAGAAGGUCGUGAAGAACGCCGAGUCCAGUACAAACCCGCACGAAACGACUUUGACGAAGGAGCAGACGAUUAGGAAGUGCAUGGACGUUUUGUGCCAGGUCUUAGCGUAUCCUGUGCAAAGGUAUCGUACUCGUAGUAAUUGCAUUUAUGCAUUACAAAUCUCUUUCUCAAGGUAAAUCAGCACUACAAAUUUAAUUUGUAUUGCUGGGCUAAUUUGUAAUGCAAUUUUUACUAGUGCGAUGCUUUUGCAGUGCAUAUCGCGCAGGAUUUGAAGGCCCAGGAUUUGGAGGUUGGGGUGGUGUCGGAAAACGAACCCUUCCGCCUGCUUAUGCAAGAAAAAAACUGUGUAAGUGGAAGUCUGUGAUGCAAAGCAUGCAACACUGUUACACUUGUCAUGCUAGCCAGCCAUUGAGUCCUAUUUCAUUUGUGUUUUCACUUACCAGCUGCGCAUGACAGGCUUUGUCUGUCAUGCAGAACAGAUUUGUCAUGCCGUUACCCCAAGACACCUACAUUGACACAGUUUUUUUCUUGGAUAUUGCUCUCCGCGGCGGAAAUUGACGACCACUUGACCGCGAUUCACGAGCAGGAUUAAGUGCGUGUGGUGUUUGUUUCAACAACCUUGCGGAUUUUCAAAACAGGGAGGAGAACGAAGAUUUUUUUAAACGGGAAGCUACUCAUGCUUAUCUGAAGCUGCACGUUAGAUUCUGAGCCGUCGGAGUUUGAUGUGUUGGUUGCUGCUUCGUGGCUAGGCGAUGAAAAGGUGGACAACUCGAAUAUCUCGAUGAGUACUUCUACCUACGAAUUUGCGACGAAGAAGAUUUCAACAAAUUUUUACCCAGCAUGAUUCGUUGAAUUCACAUUGACAACCUCCGAAAUAAAGCGCUACCCUAUCCAUCCGAGCAGAG